UAACCAGGAAGUAGCUGCUUGUGGUGACAGUGGGAGCGGUCUGAAGCAGGAGCCCCGAGUCAUCAUGAGCUCCCCGUGUAAAUCUCCCCAUUCUCACGGUCACCAGCACAGUCACCACCAUGCAGGACAACAUGGCGGCCCACGAGAGGACCGUGAGGUGUCAUCCCAGCAAGCGGUGGAGGAUUACAGCAGCUGGGAUAUUGUAAAAGCCACACAACACGGAUUGUUGGAUCGAUGCAGAGAACUGAUUGAGGCUGGUUAUGAUGUUCGGCAACCAGAUAGCGAGAACGUGACUCUCCUGCACUGGGCGGCCAUUAAUAACAGGCUGGAGCUUAUAAAGUACUUAAUCUCCAAAGGGGCAAUUGUGGACCAGCUGGGAGGAACGUUAAACUCCACGCCGCUCCACUGGGCCGUCAGACAAGGACACCUCCAGACUAUUAUACUGCUGAUGAAAUACGGUGCAGACCCAAAUCUGAUAGAUGGAGAAGGGUAUAACAGCGUUCACCUGGCCGUCCUCUACCAGCACCUGCCCAUCAUAGCUUAUCUGAUUGCAAAAGGACAGGACAUCGAUAUCCCCGAUAUGAAUGGAAUGACGCCGCUCAUGUUGUCUGCACAGAAAAUCAUUGGUAUGGAACCCACCAGUUUCCUUUUGAAGUUGAACCCGUCCUUGAAUCUCGCUGACAAGAUCCACCGGAAUACAGCGCUGCACUGGGCGGUCUCCUCCGGCAAUGUGAAUGCCGUGGAUUUGCUUUUAGAGGCCGGAUCGAGUUUGGAUGUGCAGAACGCCAGGGGGGAGACGCCUCUUGACCUUUCCCGACAAACCAGAAAUCACCUAAUCAUCCAUAUUUUGACAAGUGAAGCCAAUUCAAGAUCAGGACGGAAUUCUAGAGCCUCAAAGAUCCUACAGAAAUACGAGAUCUCAUUGGUGACGAUGGUCUGCUUGUCUCUCCUGGGGGGCAUCGGAUACAUUCUGAACAUGAAUACAGACUCCUGGCUCUUAAAGGGGACGCUCCUCGCUCUGGUCACAGCCGGGUCUCAGCUCUUCACCAGGCGGCUUAUUGGUCCAUCCAGUCAGAAGCACCUGCCCGCCAUCUUCUUCAUCAGUUCCAUUUUCUGGAUGUUCAUGACGUGGUUUAUCUGCUUUCUGCCUGAUUUGGCUCAAGCAACUGUCCAGGUGCCAUUUGUGAUCAGCGUCUUUCUGCUUUUGUAUUAUUUCUACAAGACGUGGAGAACAGACCCCGGAUACAUCAGGUGUUCGGAAGAGGAGAGGAAACAGACCAUUAUCGCACUUGCUGACUCCGGGUGCCUGGACAUCAGACUGUUCUGCACGUCCUGCCUGGUGAAGAAGCCGCUCAGGUCGAUGCACUGUCAUGCCUGCAAUGCCUGUGUGGCUAAAUUUGACCAGCACUGUAUAUGGACCGGGCAUUGUAUAGGUGCAGGGAACAAUCAUUACUUUGUGCUCUUCCUCUUCGCCCUUGUGGUCAUGGGGCACUGGAUGAUGUACGCCUCCUCCAUAUUUUGGGUCAAUCAGUGCUCCAGCAAUCUACAGAAGGAUGGCAUUCUAGGUUUCAUCGGAGAGAUUAUAUCGUGUUCCCCAUGGGUUCUGUAUAUCUUCAUCCUUGUGUGUUCUCUCACAGUGUGGUCCACAAUGAUGCUUAUACUGCAGAUAUACCAGGUCACAUUUCUGGGUCUGACAACUCAAGAAAGAUUCACUCUCCAAAUGCAGAACAGAUUCAGUAAGCAAAAAGUGUCCCUGCGGAGAUCUCCCUUCAACCGCGGCUGUAUCCAGAAUCUGGCAGAUUUCUUCCAUUGUCAGUGUUUCGGGUUGAUAAAAAGCAAUCCCGUAGACUGGACGCAGCAAUUCCACAACAUCUUCCAGGCCUCCAUGAUGAAGAGAGCCCAGUCUGUGUAGAGGGAUCUCGCGUGACCCGGAAGCCAUUCAGUGCCUACUAGUUACCACUAUCCCCCAGGUGAUGCCCUAGGACAGUAACACCUGGGGGACCCUUGUAAAGACCACCCUCCGGAAGGGACCUGCAGAACACCCUGCUGUGCAUGGACAAGAUGCGGAUAAGAUUCUCCAGACUUUCCCAGUGAAACCUGUGUGCAGAUCGGCUCAGCUGGAUAUUUCGGAGCAGUGCUAGGUGUGUGUAUAUAUGUAUUCCUUCCUCAUUCCACCCUUUACAGAUUUUGUAUAAAAGAACAAGACAACAAUGUAUGUAAAAUCCAGCGCUUUACUCGUGCACUGAUGGGACCACCCCUUUAAGUUUGCGUACGCUACCUGGACGGCGUCUCUGAUGUUUAGUUUUAGUUUUUUUUCUUCAUUGACUAAUUUAACCUAAAAGAAUAAAAGGUAAGAGAGGCAGCUGCUCCUCCAGGACUGAAGAGGGCGACGUGAUCCAUUAGCUUUUUAGUUGGACAGUCCCAAUUCACAUAGGGUUUGAUGACAAUCUUUUUGUCUGUUAGGCCCAGCAGAGCACAUGCCGGGUUAGAUGUUAACCUGUCGUAUGCUGCUGCUGGAGCUUAGGGGCUGGAUGAAGAAUAUUUCCAUUCAUUGACAGCAAGUGGAGAUCUCAAACAUUAAGGAAUUGGAUGAAUUACAUUAGAAAUCUGCAAAGUUUUCACUUAAGCUUAAUUUACACAAGAUGGGACAAGGUCUAGGAGUGCAGUGCGACCAGGCUGCGGAAACCACACGUGGGUGACCCCUGUACCUGUACUUGCAACUUAAAGGGUAUGUUAAAAAAAACUAGAAAAAACCCUGAUGCAGAAUCGGCUUCAGGAAUCCAUGUAGUCUUUUGUCUAUUCCCAUCAAGAAUGGACACCUUUU